GGACGACGAACUUGCAGUUCGUCCUUUGACAUAACUCUCACAUAUGGCAGUAUUGUAUCGCCAAUGACAAACGUUGUUGUCAUGCACAGCAGCCAGGUUGAUCGUUGAGUGAUCGUCCUGUAUGGUUCUCUCACGCACCUGCUCUACAGUUCAUCCACAGCGCCAAACCUUCGCAUGGACUGACAACGGUGGGUGGUUUUCGCAACCAAUAUCCCUAGAAAGACGGGACCUUGGUUUCAGAAGUUACGAUCGCGUGUACUCCUCCAUGAUCAGUAAUCCGACAUGCUAGAACGUGCACUGAAGUGCCCUGCCAUAACUGUGUCAGUAUUAGUUGCGAUAGGGAAUUUUUCACAAAUUAUUACCUCAUACUACGAUAAAUCAUUGAUAACAUUUCGGAUCCGAAGGCUUUAGCUGAUGCGGUGG